AUGGUCGGUAGGCGCCCGAUGCAGGCGCGUACGCGCGCAUCGCGCGAACGCAAGCGCCAGGCAGAUCAGCGCGAGAUCAGCGACUUGCAGCGAGCCUGCGAGACGCUCGAGCUCGGCCCCGAGGACCGCGCGUUUUCGCUCCUGCCCCUCUCGCCACGCACGCGGCAGGGACUGAAGCGCGCGGGCUUUCUUGACAUGACGCCGAUCCAGAAAGAGGCGGUGCCGAUCGCCCUGCGCGGCCGCGACGUGCUCGGAGCCGCACGCACGGGGUCAGGUAAGACGCUCGCGUUCCUCAUCCCGGUGCUCGAGCAGCUGUACAAGCAGCGGUGGUCGAAUGCCGACGGCCUAGGCGCCCUCGUGAUUUCGCCGACGCGCGAGCUCGCGAUGCAGAUCUUUGACGUGCUGCGCAGCAUCGGUGGACAGCACACCUUCUCGGCCGGCCUGGUCAUCGGCGGCAAGGACCUCAAGCACGAGCAGGAUCGCCUGCGCAAGAUGAACAUUCUGAUCGCCACACCCGGCCGACUUCUGCAGCACCUUGACCAGACGGUGGGAUUCGACGUGUCGAAUCUGCAGGUACUCGUGCUCGACGAGGCCGACCGCAUCCUCGAUAUGGGCUUCGCGCGCACGCUCAAUGCCAUUCUCGAGCACCUGCCAUCGACGCGGCAAUCGCUCUUGUUCUCUGCGACGCAGACGCGGCGCGUCAAGGACCUGGCGCGGCUGAGUCUGCGCGAUCCCGCGUAUGUCGCUGGCGAGGCCGACUCCCUCAUGCCGCAGCACCUCGAGCAGUUCUACAUGGUCGUGGAGCUGCCGCGCAAGCUCGACGUCCUCUUUUCGUUCCUGCGCACCCACACGCAGUGCAAGAUCCUGGUGUUUAUGAGCUCGUGCCGCCAAGUGCAGUUCGUGCACGAGGUGUUCUGCAAGCUGCGCCCCGGCCUGUCGCUCAUGGCCCUGCACGGCAAGCAGAAGCAAAUUCGGCGCCUCAAGAUCUUUGACGACUUCCGGCGGAGUCAGCAUGCAGCGCUGUUCGCGACCGACAUCGCCGCCCGCGGACUCGACUUCCCCGCCGUCGACUGGGUCGUCCAAGUCGAUGCGCCAGAGAGCCGCGACACAUACAUUCACCGCGUCGGUCGCACGGCUCGAUACCAUGCCCACGGCAAAGCCCUGCUCUUCGUGCUGCCCAGCGAAGAGCAGGGCAUGCUCUCUGCCCUCCGCGACGCGGACGUGCCCAUCACCGACAUCAAGGCACGCGAUACCAAAAUCCAGCACACCGCCCCCCAGCUCCAAGCCUUCCUGUUCCAAGACGCCGAACUCAAGCAUCUCGCGCAAAAGGCCUUUAUUUCCUACGUCCGCUCCGUGCAUCUCCACAAGGACAAGGCGACGUUCAACGCCGUCGCCUUGCCGCUCCCGGAGUUUGCCGCCUCGCUCGGCCUGCCCAAUGCGCCCAAAAUCAAGGUCGUCCAAGAGGCCCGAGCGAGGGCCGCGGCGGCAGCGGCGGCGACGGCGGCCCCCGAGUCCUCGUCCGAAGACGAGUCGCCUCGCGUCCGCACCAAGCACGACCGCCUGUUUGGCCGCACGAACCAGACCGUGCUGAGCGACCACUAUGCCGCACUGCUCGAUCAGCCGGAGCCCGAGGACGACGAUGGCGACCUUCUGACACUCGCGCGGGCCGAUCACGAGCUGGACGAGGCGCCCGAGCCUGAGCCACCGUCAUCCCACCUGUCGCGUCGUCAGCUGCAGCGCGGCACGAGCAAAAAGGCGAUGGCGUCGGCUGGGCUGCGUGGCUCCGGCGAUCGCGUCGUGUUUGACGACGAGGGCAUGCCGCGGUCGAUGUACGAGAUCCAGGACGAGGCGGCGUUCCGCGCACAGGGCGAUGUGCAGACGCAGAUCCACGAGCACGAACAGGCAGAGCGGCAGCGCAUGGCUGAGGCCGAUGUGCUGGACAAGGACCGCGCCAAGCAGAAGCGCCAGGAAAAGCGGCGGCGCAUGAAAGAAAUGGAGCGUCUGCUCGCGGAGAAGCAUGGCGUGGGUGCACGUACCGAGGACGACUAUGGCAACGAAGCCGAAGUGCUCGACCUCGUCUUGCCGGGUGAGGAAGACGAAGAGGAAGAGGAGGAGGAGGAAGCCCCGCGGAAGCGUGCCAAGACCGAUUUGGCAUCGCAAGAAGACAUGGCCCUGCGUCUACUCGGCGCCUAG